CCACGAAAAGUCAUGAUACAAGAAAACAACUUUUAUGCUGAGAUCACAAGAAAACAAUUGGUUGUACAUUUUUCACGAGUUAUUCUCUUGAUAUAAAGGCACAUGCAUAUAUGCGCAUGCGCAGUACAAAUCUGGGCUCGACAUAUCAACCUGUAAAGAGAAAUGUACUACUGUAUAUUAGUGCAACGAAUCGAUUUUUCUGGGAUCGGUUACUCAUCCUGCGGAAUGCGGAAGCAGCUGAUCUGGAUUCGGCUAAACAGCCUGUGGUGUGGGCGAAGGAAUCAUGUGAGCAGUAGAUGUUCAUCUCCAGCAGUUCUUUGAGGAACUACCUGAAUGAAAUCCACUGAUCCAGGAGCAAACGAGCAGCGUUUUCCUUUUCGAAUCAUUAUUUCUCAUUGCGUUUGUAUGUAAAGCCAAUGCGGAAGUGAACGUUUUGAGAACUGCUCCAUGCUCCAUGGUUUCUUCAUUCAGCUGGAAAACCAAAACAACUGCUCAAGGCUGAGCAUCAGAUCUCAGCAAAUCAGGCUUUUGGAUUGAAGGUUGGUUGCUGGAGAAGGUUGUGAGGAUGAACACCGAGAAGGAUUUUUCCCCUUUGACCCCGAACAUUGUCCGAGCUCUCAACGACAAGCUGUAUGAGAAAAGGAAAGUGGCAGCACUGGAGAUUGAAAAACUCGUGAGGGAGUUCGUAGCUCAGAACAACUCGACUCAGAUCAGGCACGUCAUUCAGAUCCUGGCGUCCGAGUUUGCGCUCUCGCAGCACCCACACAGCCGGAAAGGAGGUCUGAUCGGCCUGGCCGCCUGCUCCAUCGCUCUCGGCAAAGAUUCCGGGUUGUACCUGAAAGAGCUGAUCGAGCCGGUGCUUACUUGCUUUAACGACUCGGACAGCCGUCUGCGGUAUUACGCCUGCGAGGCGCUCUACAACAUCGUGAAGGUGGCCAGGGGAGCCGUGCUUCCUCACUUCAAUGUGCUGUUCGACGGCCUCAGUAAGCUGGCAGCCGACCCAGACCCCAACGUGAAGAGCGGCUCCGAGCUUCUUGAUCGCCUUCUGAAGGACAUCGUUACUGAAAGCAACAAGUUCGACCUGGUGGCGUUUGUUCCUCUGCUGCGCGAGAGGAUUUACUCCAACAAUCAGUACGCUCGGCAGUUCAUCAUCUCGUGGAUCUUGGUGCUGGAGUCAGUUCCAGACAUAAACCUGCUGGAUUAUCUGCCCGAAAUUCUAGAUGGCCUUUUUCAGAUCCUCGGAGACAGCAGCAAAGAGAUCAAACGCAUGUGUGAGGUGGUCUUGGGAGAAUUUCUGAAAGAAAUCAAGAAAACUCCUUCAAGCGUGAAGUUUGCUGAUAUGGCAAACAUCCUGGUCAUCCACUGCCAAGUGUCUGAUGACUCCAAGCUCACUAAUGAUCUUAUCCAGCUGACGGCGAUGACCUGGAUGAGGGAGUUUAUUCAGCUGGCAGGACGAGUGGUCUUGCCUUACUCCUCUGGCAUUCUGACAGCAGUGCUGCCCUGUUUAUCCUACGACGACCGCAAGAAGAGCACUAAAGAGGCGGCGAGUGCCUGCAACAGCAGCCUCAUGAAGCUCGUCACCCCUGAGGAUGAUGAAGAUGACGAGCAGACCAUAAGCUCUCCGGUGAGCACUGACACGACCAGUAAGACCGAAGUGGAUCUUAAUGAUUCCCUCAAUGCCUCUCAGGAGUCUGUGGGAUUCAGCAACAUCUCCUUCUUCACACCAACAGGAAACGACAGGACGCACGUGACGCUGGACCUCGACGGCAUCGUGCAGGUUCUGAACAGACAUUUGCACGACUCCUCCACCGGCAUGAUGACUCGCAUCGCUGUGCUGAAGUGGCUCUACCAUCUCUAUAUCAGAACACCUCGCAAAAUGUUCCGCCAUACGGACAGUCUGUUCCCCAUGCUGCUGAAGACACUUUCCGAUGAGUCCGACGAGGUCAUCCUGAAAGACCUGGAAGUUCUAGCGGAGAUCGCAUCGUCCCGCGCCGGACAGACCGAGCUGUCGGAGUCGUGUGAGGGAGCCAAUAAAACAGAGCUUCACAUCCCGGAUGGAGGCAAGCAAGCGCAGAAAGCGCUGGGGCCAAGUUCUAAAGCGGUGGACUCCUCACCCUCGACUCCCAGCAUGAACUCGUACUUUUACAAGUUCAUGAUCAACCUUCUGAAGCGCUUUAGCCAGGAGAGGAAGCUUCUGGAAAUGAGGGGGGCCUUCAUCAUUAGGCAGCUGUGUCUCCUCCUGCACGCUGAAAACAUCUUCCACUCCAUGGCUGACAUCCUCCUGAAGGAGGAGGACCUAAAGUUUGCAUCCACCAUGGUACAAACGCUCAACACCAUUCUGCUUACCUCGGCUGAACUCUUCCAGCUCCGGAACCAGCUCAAAGAUCUGCGAACGCCUGAGAGCUGUGCUCUGUUCUGCUGCCUCUAUCGUUCCUGGUGCCAUAACCCGGUGGCCACGGUCUCGCUGUGCUUCCUGACUCAGAACUACCACCACGCGUACGACCUCAUCCAAAAAUUCGGUGAUUUGGAGGUCACUGUGGAUUUCCUGAUAGAAGUAGACAAACUGGUGCAGCUCAUCGAGAGCCCCAUUUUUACAUACCUGCGCCUGCAGCUGCUUGACGUGGAGAACAACCCGUACCUGAUCAAAGCUCUGUACGGACUGCUGAUGCUGCUGCCACAGAGCCAGGCGUUCCAGCUGCUGUCUCACCGUCUGCGCUGUGUCCCCAAUCCUGAGCUCAUGAGGACUGUUGACGACUCGAACUCCUCCAGAGCCAAACGCACCGCCCAGCCGCAGGUCGACCACAAGGAGCUUCUGCAGCAUUUCGAGCAUGUGCAGAGUAAACACGAGUUCCGGCACCAGAGAACAGGCCACACCGAGCACCCGGAUCGGAAGCUGGUCCUCUGAGCGCUCGCCGUCGCACCCUGGAGGCCACGUGACGCAGUAAUGGACCGUCCAGUGCCCAGAUGAUUAGUCCUGUUCUAGGAACGAGAGACUUUUGACCUUUUUAAAUGUUUAAAUUGCUUUCUGAGACUAGGAAUGUAUAUAUAUAUCUGUGUCUGUGUGUGUGUGUGUGUGUGUGUGUGUGUGUGUGUGUGUGUGUGUGUGUGUGUGUGUGUGUGUAAAGACUCAGGAAACUGCAGUCGUGUUCGUUCCGAGCUUUUAAACCACUGGUUGUAUCAUUAGCAUAGCUGCCAGAGACAUUUCAGAACCCCAUCAUACGAUAUACACAGAAUCUGACGUGCAUUUCCAGCGCAAGACUCUUACCAGGUGUUAAUAUUAUUGGAGAUAUAAAAGCCUGGUCGUUUUAAUGAAGCCGUGUGUGUGUGUGUGUGUGUGUGUAUACAGCUGUCAUUCCAUGUUCCUGACUGAGUUUGCGUCCUUUGCAGUGACGUUAACGGGACGCUGAAGUUGUGAGUCAGUGCCACUGGUCUCUUCGUCCAGUCGAUUUCUUUGCUUUUAUUCGUCUGCAUCAUCCUCAAGGUCUAAUCUGUGAUCCGAUAUACACUCCUGCUGCGAUGUCUUAUUUCAAACCCAACUUGGAACCUCUGCCUUACGUGAACAAAAUGGAUUUUAGUAAUUUAUCAUGUCCUGAACAGGUGUAUGCAAUAAAGUGGACCAUAAAUAAUCA